AUGGAACUCGAUUUUCUCUCUGUACAUAUGCGUAAUCCACCGUUUCUUCGAGGCAUUUUUUCAAAUUUUUAUCAGGUGCCUAGAACUCGUUUGAUAAUAUGUCCCAAUGAACCUCAACUUGGUAAAGUUCCAUUAUUUACAUCUAUUCACUUUAACUGUUUCUCAUGUGCUGCUGUAGUACAAGUAGUGGAAAGCCCAACAGUUGAAAAAAAACCAAUCUUUCAAGAUUUUGAUGGGUGUAGGAGGUUGAGUACUAAAGAGUUGAAAUAUGGUGCUAAGAAGAGGUUGGUUGAAAAGGGUGAUGGUGGGUUUUUGAUUAAGGAGAAGAAAAGGGGGAUUAAAUGGUAUUCUGAAAUGCUUAAAGAUUAUGCUGCUAAGUUAUGUUUGAAGGAAGGUAAAGCUUUACAUGGUGAAAUGAUAAGGAGUGGGGUAGAACCAGAUUCACAUUUAUGGGUUUCUUUGAUUAAUUUCUAUUCGAAAUGUGGGGAUUUAGUUUUCGCGGAAAAUGUGUUUGAUUUAAUUCCCAGCAGAGAUGUUGUGUCGUGGACAGCGUUGAUAGCAGGAUUUAUAGCUCAAGGGUAUGGAAGUAAAGGGAUUUGUUUAUUUUGUGAUAUGAGGGGUGAAGAUAUUAGGCCUAAUGAGUUCACUUUGGCAACAGUUUUAAAGGGUUGUUCAAUGUGUUUAGAUUUGGAGUUUGGGAAACAACUACAUACUGUGGUUGUUAAAGGUGCAGUCUUUUCAGAUGUUUAUGUUGGUUCUGCUCUUGUUGAUUUGUAUGCUAAAUGCUGUGAAUUAGAAUCUGCUGUUAAAGUUUUCUUUUCCAUGCCGGAGCAGAAUUCAGUAUCGUGGAAUGUUUUACUUAAUGGCUAUGUGCAGGCUGGCCAAGGAGAGGAGGCUCUGAAAUUGUUUUCGAAGAUGUCAGAUUCAGAGAUGAGGUUUAAUAAUUAUACCCUAUCUACUAUUUUAAAGGGUUGUGCAAAUUCAGGUAAUCUGAAAGCUGGUCAAGUUAUCCACUCAAUCUUGGUCAAAAUUGGGUCUGAAAUUGAUGAUUUUACAAGCUGUAGUCUUCUAGAUAUGUAUAACAAAUGUGGUCUUCAAGAUGAUGCCCUGAAAGUGUUUUUAAGAACUAAAAAUCAUGACAUUGUGGCAUGGACUGCAAUGAUCAGUGGACUCGAUCAGCAAGGACAGAAGAGAGAAGCUAUUCAACUUUUUUGCUUGAUGAUGCAUUCAGGUUUGAGACCUAAUCAAUUUACACUAGCUAGUGUUGUUAGUGCAGCGUCUGAUUCGGUGGAUUUAAGGUGUUGCAAAAGUAUCCAUGCUUGUGUUUACAAAUUUGGUUUUGACUCGGAAGAGUGUGUCAGUAAUGCAUUGAUUGCAAUGUACAUGAAAUUUGGGUCAGUUUUGGAUGGGUAUCGUAUAUUUUCUUCUUUGAGUAAUAGGGAUAUAAUUUCGUGGAACUCCCUUUUGUCUGGAUUCAAUGAUAAUGAAACUUCUUAUGAAGGGCCUAAAAUCUUCAGGCAGUUGCUUGUUGAAGGUUUGAGGCCAAAUAUUUACACGCUCAUCAGCAAUUUGAGAUCUUGUGCAAGCCUCUUAGAUGCCAGUCUGGGGAAACAAGUGCAUUCCCAUGUAGUUAAAGCUAAUCUUGGUGGCAAUAUAUAUAUAGGAACUGCUCUGGUUGAUAUGUAUGCCAAGUGUGGGAAGUUGGAUGAUGCAGAAUUGAUCUUUUAUAGAUUGAGUGAAAAAGACGUCUUCACUUGGACAGUGGUAAUUUCAGGUUAUGCGCAGUCUGAUCAAGGAGAAAAGGCUUUUCGAUGCUUCAAUCAGAUGCAAAGGGAAUCUAUUAAACCCAAUGAGUUCACUCUUGCUAGCUGUCUAAAAGGUUGUUCACGUAUAGCCAGCCUAGACAAUGGGCGGCAGUUGCAUUCCGUGGUAAUGAAGUCUGGGCAGUUCAGUGAUAUGUAUGUAGCUAGUGCGUUGAUUGACAUGUAUGCAAAAUCUGGAUGUAUCAAAGAUGCCGAGUCUCUAUUUCAGAGCAUGGAAUCUAGUGAUACAGUGUUGUGGAACACAAUUAUAUAUGCCUACUCCCAACAUGGACUUGAUGAAAAAGCAUUGAAAACAUUUAGAACCAUGUUAAGUGAAGGUAUUCUGCCUGAUGGGAUUACCUUUAUCGCUGUCCUCUCUGCAUGCAGCCAUCUGGGCCUGGUCAAAGAAGGACGAGAGCAUUUUGACUCAAUAAAAAAUGGCUUUGGUAUCACUCCUUCAAUAGAACAUUAUGCUUGUAUGGUUGAUAUCCUUGGCCGUGCAGGCAAAUUUACUGAAAUGGAACACUUCAUUGAGGGUAUGGCGCUUGCUCCUGAUGCCUUGAUAUGGGAGACUGUUCUUGGAGUCUGCAAGGCUCAUGGAAAUGUGGAAUUAGCUGAGAAAGCUGCAAACAUACUUUUCGAAAUUGAUCCGAAAGCAGAGUCAAGUUAUAUAUUGUUGUCCAAUAUAUAUGCAUCAAAAGGUAGGUGGGCUGAUGUUUCGACGGUUAGAGCACUAAUGUCCAGGCAGGGUGUCAAAAAGGAACCUGGUUGUAGCUGGAUUGAGAUUGAUAAUCAAGUUCAUGUCUUCUUAUCUCAGGAUGCUUCACAUCCUAGGUUAAAGGAUAUCCAUAAAAAGUUGGAGGAGCUGGCUUCGAGAAUUACUGCCGCAGGAUAUAUUCCGAACACAAACUAUGUGCUUCAUAAUGUCUCUGACAAAGAAAAGAUAGACAACCUUUCACAUCAUAGUGAAAGGCUAGCUCUCGCAUUUGCUCUCAUGAGCAGCAGUAGGAAUAGCACUAUCAGGAUCUUUAAAAAUCUUUGCAUCUGUGGAGAUUGCCAUGAAUUUAUGAAGCUGGCGUCAAUUGUUACAAACCGAGAAAUAGUUAUUCGUGAUAUUAACCGCUUCCACCAUUUCUCUCAUGGAACGUGCUCAUGUAAGGACUAUUGGUGAUUAUUGACUGGCUGACCUUGUCAGGCAAGACUAUUCAUGUUCCGCAGCUGCAACAAAUCAAUAGUGCUCAACUGAAGUUCUAAAAUGCAUGCUAUGAUAUGUCAAUAUGAAUAUAUUAUUGAGGCAACAACUAAUGAGGACUAAUAGCUGGAUUGAUAAGUUGCCUGAAGG